GACUGGAGAUCGACGGAAGCAAAAGUUAAGAAAAUACAGCUUAACAAAAACACGUGCCGCCAACAGGAAAACCGCACGAAGCAAGUGAACGAAUUCCCCCCUCUCGACCCUUCCAGGAAUACCUGCUCUCCCAGAGUCAUUCCACAUGUCUCUUCCCACAUUUUUCCGUUUGGGGCGUUCGUGAACCCGGAUGGUCCAGCGGUGACGCAAGAGGGUGGGCGGGGCGGCCGGAACCGGGCACGCGGCAGCGGCGGCGAAAGUGUCACGCCCCCCUCCCGCCGCCGCCGCCGCCUUCGAACGCCGAGCGGGAUCCGGGAGAAACCCCCCGUGCGCCGCGCCGGGCCUACCUGGAGGUUCCUCGCGACCACCCCCGCCCCCGACGCCACCUCUUUGCCCGCGACUCUCCAAGAGAAAGAGCGCCGGGCUCUGGGUGGUACUGGGGCGUUUGGUAGUGAUUUGCAGUCAACUAUCCGGGGCGCUUCCAUUCCGUCACGAGCACGUCGAAUCCGUGCAGAAAACGCCCGGAGCCGCAGGAACGCCCCCGCCACCGGCUCGGGGUCAGUGGCCGAGGGCGUCGCCAGCCGAAUCCGCGCUUUCUUCCAGCGGUCAAGCGCUGUGCCGCGCCGCGUCUCGUCCCGCCGCGGACCAGUGGCGCUGGCCUCCGCCUUACCUUGCACCGCCCCCGCGCCUGCCCCCGCCGCCGCCGCCGCCGCCGCCGCCGCCACGCUGCUUUCCCGAUGCUCCGCUCUCCUGGUGCCACGGUCGCCGCCACACUUCGCUGCCCACACGACCACCAACGGUGGCCGCUUGUCAAUUUCACCGAUCCACACACUCCUGCGUUAUUCGCGGCCCGCCGCGAGAUGCCGCCGGCGGCUGCCGCUGUUGCUGGUGGCGCUGGUGCUGUUGCUGGCUGAAGUGACGCCAGCUGACGCCAGGAGGAAGCGCCAAGUGGUCUUUCCCGACGACGACGGCGUGCGGGCCCGGGCCGCGUGGCGCGUGCCGCCUCCGGAGGCGGCGCCGCCCCCGCGCUUCCGUCUGCGCCCGGCCCGGCCCCGGCCGCGGCCCCGCGCCGGCUCGACCUUCGGCCGGGCCCGGCCCGGCGCUUCGGCGCGGCCCGCCCGUCACGCCGCCUGGGCGCCCGGCCCCGCGCGGCGCUCGACCGACCCCUCCGGCACGGGCCGCCUGCUGUCCCUGGACGCCAUCUCGGAGACGCUGGGCGCCAUCAACACGGUGGGGCGCUACCUCGUCAACAUGACGCGCUACGACCGCCACGACGUGGGGGACGAGCUGCCGCACGCCAUCUACACCAUCAGCAAGAACGUGCUGGGCACGAACGUGACCGAGGCGAUCGCGCCCAUCGUGCGCGGCGCGCUGCCUGCCGUAGCGGGCGCCGGCGGAGCCAGCGUGUCAGCACGCGCGUGCACCACCCCGCGCGGAGAGCCCGGCGAGUGCGACGACCUGAGCUACUGCCCGCAGCUGCUGCUCGACCUGCCCACGCUCAGGCAGUCCAUCUGCUUCAAGAGCCUCUUCGUGCCUGGCGUCUGCUGCCCCGUCGGCGGAGAUGGACGCCCUACUUCGACGACCAGCAGCUCCGCCACCACCUCGGCCUACACCACGCCGCGGCCCAUCACCCUGCGGCCGGUGACGACGCGCCGCCCCACCAUCGUCACCGCCAGCCCCAGCACCACGACGCGGCGGCCGACGGUGCUGGUGCCGGUGACGAGCGCGCCGUCCGCCCAGCGCCCGCCCGCGCCCGCCCGCCCCCCGCCCUCGUCGCUGCCCGUCGACGAGGAAGGCGAGUACUCA